GUUUGUUGCAGCGUUCGAAUUCGCGAUAGUCAAAGCACUUGAGUCUCACGGCAUUGUUUUUCUAAGCUUGCAAGCGAGCGAGUGCUUCUUUCCACCGAUUCUAGUUACUCUACAUUGCAGAACACGCCUUGCUGUUAUAGCUUGGCGAUUCCCACCCACGUUGAUUGAUCAUUUGUUUUUUGCCCUUUGGCACAAAUCAUGGUUGCCAUCAAGCGGGCUGCCCUGCUUGCAGGCCUGGCGCAGUUGAUAGGCACAAGCGCUGCCCAAGAUGCCAUCACGGACGACUCUCACUUCUAUGGCCAGUCACCGCCGGUUUAUCCAUCACCUGAAAUGGUGGGCGGCAACGAGUGGGAGGCGGCAUUUCAAAAGGCGAAACUGCUGGUUGGCCAGAUGACUUUGGAAGAAAAAGUCAAUCUGACGGCAGGCGUCACAAAGGAUUCUACAUGUUCUGGCAAUAUUCCUGCCAUUGAGCGUCUACGCUUUCCGGGCAUGUGUCUCAGCGAUGCCGGUAAUGGUCUUCGCAACACAGACUUUGUCAGCGGUUUUCCGAGUGGAAUCCAUGUUGGUGCUAGCUGGAGCAAGGACUUGGCUUUCCGGCGUGGCACUACCAUGGGUGGUGAGUUCAAGACGAAAGGCGUCAAUGUCCUGCUCGGCCCCGUUGUUGGUCCUGCUUGGCGUAUCGUACGUGGAGGUAGAAACUGGGAAGGCUUCUCUGUCGACCCAUGGCUGUCUGGACAAUUGGUAGCUCAGACUGUCUCUGGCAUACAGGGGCAGGGCGUCAUCACCAGUACCAAGGUAAGCAUUCUUCGCGCAACUUUAUCAAUAUUGAUUCCAAAUGUUUUGCAGCACUAUAUCGGUAACGAACAAGAAACCAACCGGAAUCCAGAAGGAAAUAUCUCUAGUGUAUCUUCCAACAUUGAUGAUAAAACAAUUCAUGAAGUAUAUCUAUGGCCUUUUCAGGACGCUGUAAGAGCCGGUAGCGGAAACAUUAUGUGCUCUUAUCAACGGGUCAAUAAUUCGUAUGGAUGCUCCAAUAGCAAGACGUUGAAUGGUCUUUUAAAGUCUGAACUUGGCUUCCAGGGGUUUGUUGUUUCUGAUUGGGGUGCCCAGCACGCAGGAGUUGCUACUGCAAAAGCUGGCCUCGACGUAGCCAUGCCUUCGAAUGGUGGUUUCUGGGGGGAUCAUCUCAUUGAAGCUGUGAAGAAUGGUUCACUGCCCGAGUCCCGAGUGACAGACAUGGCAAUGAGAGUCAUCGCUUCUUGGUAUCAAUUCAAUCAAGACCAAGACUUUCCAAAGCCCGGAAUCGGCAUGCCUUCCAAUGUCCUUGAUCCUCAUGAGAUUGUGGACGGGCGGGAUCCAGCUGCCGCUCCAGUUCUCCUCAACGGAGCCAUUGAAGGCCACGUUCUUGUCAAAAAUACAAAGGAUACUUUGCCCUUGAAGUCACCUCGCAUGCUUUCCCUCUUUGGCUACUCAGCCAAGACUCCAGACGACUUUAAUCCGUCCGCAAAUUCAUUAUUCAUGGCGGCAUUCGGUGAAAAUGGUACCAUGUUCGGCGGUGGUGGCUCUGGCGCCAUCACGCCGGCGCUCGCCAUCUCUCCCUUUGAAGCCUUGAAAAUGAGGGCUUACCAAGAUGGCACGGCGGUGUUCAACGAUUUCAUCUCCGAUAGGCCAUCUGUUGAGCCUAGCUCUGACGCCUGCAUCGUUUUUGGUAAUGCGUGGGCCUCUGAAGGAUCUGAUCGUCCCGCGAUUCGAGAUGACUAUUCAGAUUCACUAAUCAAAUCGGUGGCGGAUCAGUGUAACAAGACAGUUGUCAUCUUCCAUAACGCAGGACCUCGACUAGUUGAAGGCUUUAUUGAUCAUCCAAAUGUUACAGCAGUCAUCUUUGCCCAUUUACCUGGUCAAGAGAGCGGCCCUGCACUCGUUUCCCUCCUCUUUGGAGAUACGAGUCCCUCUGGUAAACUUCCAUACACAGUUGCGAAAAAUGAAUCCGACUACGGCGAUGUGCUUGAUCCGGCACAGCCGAAAGGGGAGUUUGCGAACUUUCCCCAGGCCGACUUCAACGAAGGAAUAUACCUCGACUAUCGCUACUUUGACAAAAAGGGCAUCGAACCUCGGUACGAAUUCGGGUUUGGACUCAGCUACACGACCUUUGCAUAUUCCAACAUAUCGAUCAACUACAUCGAGGGGGCAAAUACAUAUCCCUGGCCGGGAGGCCCCAUCGUAAGCGGCGGGCAGACUGAUCUCUGGGAUGCAAUCGCCACCGUCAGCGUAAAUGUCAAAAACACAGGCAGCGUUGCUGGCGCAGAGGUGGCGCAGCUCUAUGUUGGCAUUCCAGGAGCCCCAACGAAGCAGCAGCUUCGUGGGUUUGAAAAGCCCUUUCUACAACCUAGCCAGUCAGAAACAGUGACUUUCCAUCUCACGAGAAGGGAUUUGAGCGUUUGGAGCGUUGAGAGACAGAAGUGGCAACUACAGCAGGGCACGUACAAGUUUUACGUGGGGAGCAGCAGCAGACGGCUACCCCUGAACGGGACGAUGCAUUUGUAAGAAGCAAUACCACUAUGAUUACUUGAAAUGGGAUCUCAGAUUCAGAUC